AUGAAGCAGCUUAGCAGCUCAGCUGCAGAAGACACUGAAAGUCACCACCUGUACUCAGUGAACACGACUACAGAGGAAGUCACAUCUGAAGAGGAAGAGGAGGAAGAGAUGGGAGAGGAUAUCGAAGACUUGGAUCAUUAUGACAUGAAAGAGGAAGAGCCAGUAGAUGGCAAGAAAUCAAAGGAUGAAGGCAUUGAGAAAGAAAAUAGCUAUUUAGAGAAGAUAAGAAAAAAUCAAAGGCAGGAUCACCUUAAUGGUGCUGUUUCUGGAUCAGUUCAAGCAUCUGAUCAUCUUAUGAAAGAGCUCAGGGAUAUAUACAGGUCUCAGAGUUACAAAACAGGAAUUUACUCUGUGGAACUUGUAAAUGAUAAACUUCUUAGGGUUGAUCCAGACAGUCCACUACACAGUGACCUUCUUGUUAAAGAAAAAGAAGGCAUAGAGUGUAUUUUAUUGAACUUCUCAUUUAAGGAUAACUUUCCAUUUGAUCCUCCAUUUGUAAGGGUGGUAUCUCCAGUACUUUCAGGAGGGUAUGUGCUGGGAGGAGGUGCUCUCUGCAUGGAGCUCCUUACUAAACAGGGUUGGAGCAGUGCCUACUCUAUAGAGUCUGUUAUCAUGCAAAUCAACGCAACCCUGGUAAAAGGGAAAGCAUGUGUGCAAUUUGGAGCCAACAAGAAUCAGUAUAAUCUUGCAAGGGCACAGCAAUCCUACACACUAGUACAGAUCCAUGAGAAGAAUGGUUGGUACACUCCUCCAAAAGAAGAUGGAUAAAUUGGAAGGCUUUUUGGACCAAGAUGCCACAUUUUUUUCCAAUUCUUUCCAGAGCAAAUAAGAUUGCCCUUCUGGUCCUCUGUACAGCAUACAUUAGCAACUAGAUAAUAGGAUUAUCAGACCUAAUUAUCAGUUUUGUAUAUUAGACCACAUCUGCUUCUCUUGAUAUGAGAUACAGCUGCCUUUACUGAUAGGGGAAAAAGGCCACUCCAAAUAUUUUAACUUCCUAUUUAAAUUGGGCGAUAUAGCUUAAUUCCAU